AGUUUGAGUUUGUGGGCGGGGCGAGAGCGACACUUCCGCCCCUCACCAACAUGGCUGCGGGCUGGAAGUGCGCAUGAGCAGCUGUCUAUGGAGCUACCUAGAUCGGGAGAGGGAGAACACAGUUGGAGAAAAUCGGCGGCUGAGACGGCCUUGGCCGGACUUAGCACUCAGGCCUGUGAAUCAGGAGAUACAAAGACCUCCAAAAAAGGACCAGUUCAUCGGAUGUGCCCCCUCACAGAGAGAUGAAGGGGCAGCAGAAAACAGCUGAAACGGAAGAGGGGACAGUGCAGAUUCAGGAAGGUGCAGUGGCUACUGGGGAAGACCCAACCAGUGUGGCUAUUGCCAGCAUCCAGUCAGCUGCCACCUUCCCUGACCCCAACGUCAAGUACGUCUUCCGAACUGAGAAUGGGGGCCAGGUGAUGUACAGGGUGAUCCAGGUGUCUGAGGGGCAGCUGGAUGGCCAAACUGAGGGAACUGGUGCCAUCAGUGGCUACCCUGCCACUCAAUCCAUGACCCAGGCGGUGAUCCAGGGUGCUUUCACCAGUGAUGAUGCAGUUGACACGGAGGGGACAGCUGCUGAGACGCACUAUACUUACUUCCCCAGCACGGCAGUGGGAGAUGGGGCAGGGGGUACCACAUCAGGGAGUACAGCUGCUGUUGUUACUACCCAGGGCUCAGAGGCACUGCUGGGGCAGGCGACCCCUCCUGGCACUGGUCAAUUCUUUGUGAUGAUGUCACCACAAGAAGUACUGCAGGGAGGAAGCCAGCGCUCAAUUGCCCCUAGGACUCACCCUUAUUCCCCGAAGUCAGAAGCUCCCCGGACGACUCGGGAUGAGAAACGCAGGGCUCAGCAUAAUGAAGUGGAGCGCCGCCGCCGAGACAAGAUCAACAACUGGAUCGUGCAGCUCUCCAAGAUAAUCCCAGACUGCUCUAUGGAGAGCACCAAGUCUGGCCAGAGUAAAGGUGGGAUUCUAUCCAAAGCUUGUGAUUAUAUCCAGGAGCUUCGGCAGAGUAACCACCGCUUGUCUGAAGAACUGCAGGGGCUUGACCAACUGCAGCUGGACAACGAUGUGCUUCGACAACAGGUGGAAGAUCUUAAAAACAAGAAUCUGCUGCUUCGAGCUCAGUUGCGGCACCACGGAUUAGAGGUCGUCAUCAAGAAUGACAGCAACUAACUGUGGGGAUUCAGGGGCUUUGGGCCCAAGAACUGCAGAUAGCCCAGGAGCAACAGCCUAAUCCUGUGCCCCUUUCCUUCACUGCCCACUUCUGGCAUGGGACAGGGGGAAGUUCAGAAGGUGUGUCCUUGAACUGAGGCCCUGUGAUAUGGCAGCCUGCAGUGGUGUGAAACACACAAUGUGGAGGUGCACUGACAGCCUUGCCCACCCCCACCAUGCAACCCCUGGGCCCUUGUGCUCCUCUCGCACAAUGCAUGUGCUGCCUCCAUGCUGGAUACUGGACACACUAAACUGGGGGGCUUGUCCUGUACUUGCUUAGAGUGCCCAGCAGAGGGCUGCUGACAGGUGAUGCUCUGGCUUGUCCCAGGACUCUGGCACUUCCAUUGGUUCUUCCUUUCCCUGGAGCUGAGGUUUAGAGGUGCACCCUGUGGCUCAGGGGAGCAAGCUUACACAAGAAGUGGGGGAAGGAUGUUUAGCAGUGGCUGGUGCCCAUGAAGAGGAGAUUGGCCAGCGAGAAGCUGAGGCCUAUGCAGACGUCUCUGAAGCCGGAGAGAACAACAGGCAGGGGUCCACUUGGGGCCUUCCCCCUUAUGGGGGUCUUUUUUUUUUUUCUUUCCUUUUCCUUUUUUUUUUUUUUUUUUUAGGAUAAAAUUGUUCAAAGCCA